GAUCGAGCUGAAGCAACAUUCAGCUUUUUCUUUCAAGCCUGAAACACACAUUAACAAACCAGCAGCCAUGGUUGAGUGGACCGAGAAGGAGCGCACCAUCAUUGCCGGCGUCUUCUCCGGGUUGGACUAUGAGGACGUCGGCCCCAAGGCUCUGCAAAGGUGUCUGAUCGUUUACCCCUGGACUCAGAGGCACUUUGCAGCCUUGGGAAACCUCUACAGUGCUGAGUCCAUCUGCAAUAACACCAAAAUUGCAGAACACGGGACCAAAAUCCUGCACGGUCUGGACCGGGCCCUGAAGAACAUGGACAACAUCAAGGCAGCUUACAAAGAGCUGAGCACCUUGCACUCUGAGACGCUGCACGUUGACCCAGACAACUUCAAGCUUCUGGCUGAGAUUAUCACCAUCAUCAUCGCCGCCAAAAUGGGAAGCGCCUUCACCGUGGAGACUCAGGCUGCCUGGGUGAAGUUCAUGGCCGUGGUGGUGGCCGCCCUGGGAAGGCAGUACCACUAAGCCCUGGCCGCCUUGAAGGAGACUUGAUGUCCAUUUCCAUGUCUCCUUGCUAACAAAAAAUAAAGACAUCGUAAACAUUG